AUGGAAAACCAAAUUGCCAAAUCUAGUAAUAACAAAUCCUCAUUCUCCAUUGAGAAUAUAUUGGAACGGAAAAGCUCAAGUCCCAAUAAUAAUAAUAAUAAUAACAACAAUACAGAAAAUGCAGUUUCUAUCAAAGCGUAUCCGCAUCUUUCAUUACCGCGUCGCGUAUCCGCCUGUCAUAGUCCAACAGCAGUGACCUCAUCCAGUAACAACACAUCCACCGGCUCAACAUCGUCCGCAGCAUCAACAUCAUCAAUUGCUACAAUCUAUGAUCUAUCACGCGAAGCUAUGGCCGCACAAUAUGCCAUCAAGAAUCUGGAAUCCACAACUGCGGGAGCCGGAACUCUGCUCUCGCCCACAACUCUGCGCUUCAAUCCACCCACACCAAUGUAUCCAGAUCCCGCCUCGUUAUUCUACCAGCAAGUUCUCAAUUUGCAGAAGAAUCCUUCGCUCUUUAUGCCCCACUUUCAGGCGGCAGCUGUGGCAGCAGCAGCUGCCGCUCAGCCGUCGGCUGGCUACUGCGAUCAAUAUGCUCCAUUUCUGGACUGCGAAGGAUUCACCAAUCCUGCCACUGCAGCCGCUGCCCUCUAUUGCAAUGCCUAUCCGGCAGCUAGUUUCUACAUGUCCAACUUUGGAGUGAAACGUAAAGGUGGCCAAAUUCGUUUCACCUCACAGCAAACCAAAAAUCUCGAAAGUCGAUUUGCCAGCUCCAAGUAUCUGUCGCCCGAGGAGCGUCGUCAUUUGGCAUUGCAAUUGAAACUAACUGAUCGUCAGGUGAAAACUUGGUUUCAAAAUCGUCGCGCCAAAUGGCGAAGAUCGAAUCAAACGAAGAGAAGUCUGGGAACGGUCCAGAGUGCUCCAACGGCUUCGAAUUCAACAAAUCAGAGUGCAGCCUAUGGCAAUUUAACACAAAUGUCCGCAAGUCGAAGAGGAGGAGCCCAGCAAAGCGACGAGGAGGAUCGCAUGUUUCUGUCCGAAGAUGAUGAUGAUGACGAUGAUGAUGAUGAGGGGGGGCCAUUAGAUUGA